CUCACACUUCCCCCUUCAAACCCCCCCUUCACGACCGCUAUCGCCGCCUGGCUCAGCAAAAUCAAUUGGACCCUUGCAGAUAGCUUCCUGUUUUUACGGAUAGUUGCCAAGCCGAGGGGGCAUAAUGUUUCGCCAUGACCCCGUCGGAGCUGCAUCUUCUCGGAAUCCCAAUUUCAUGCGUGAAUUUAAGCACCACAGGCUCCCUUGAUGGCUACUUUCUCCUCGAUUUCCUCUCUCAUAUCUGUCUCGGUCCCGUGCUAAACCAUUACAUUCUCUUUUUCUUCUGGUUGUUCGCUUCACAUACUUACUAUUACCGAGCCGGCCCUCGUCGUGAGCCUUUCGAUCUUUGCCUUUCCUUCAGGACAGUUUCUUUCGCCCGCAGUGCAGGCAAUUACAUUCUUUCAAAGGUUUUACGACAACACAACAUCUAGUCAUAAUGAAGUACUUCGCGACACUACCCCUGGCAGCGAGCCUUGCUGCUGCUCAGAUGUCUGUCAUGAGCCUGGCGCCCGCGCCGUCAUCAGGACCAAUGACACAUACCGUCAUCGUCGGAGGAAUGAAGCCCGUCGCGACCGGAAUGGCACCAGUAUUAGGAUACUCACCGGAGGCGAUUACCGCAAAUCAAGGCGACAUGGUCAAGUUCGUCUUCAUGCAAAAGAACCAUACCGCGACUCAAUCUACCUUCGCCGACCCUUGCAAAAAGAUGGAUGGGGGCAUGGACUCUGGCUUCAUGCCCAACCCUGAAGGAAAAGCUGGUGUUGAGUGGAACAUGACCGUCUCCACAACAGACCCAAUCUGGUUCUACUGCAGACAGCAGAAUGGCAUCCAUUGCGGGAAAGGUAUGGUCUUUUCUAUCAACGCGGCCACAAGCGGCGAUAAGACCAUGGCCGCCUUCAAGCAGCUCGCCAUUAACCAGAACGGAACCGCCCAACUUACCACGGCCGCCAUUGCACAAGUCGGAGCAACCGCCGCCGCUGGCGGUGCCAGUACCGUCACCGUUGUCGCCGGAGGAGGCCAAGCUGCCGCUACUGGCUCUGCGGCCGCCGCAACAGCAUCUGUCGCCGCAGGACAAGGUCUGACUGGCGAUGGGCAAGCGUGCUCAUGCCAGUGCUUGUGCGGAGUCAACUCAUUCCCGGCUGCGGCCGCGCAGAACAACUUCGGGGGUUUUGCCGGAAUGAUUCAAUAAGCUGGAAUAUUCGAGGAGGUGAAAUAGAUGAGGGUUUGGGGCACUGGUUCUCGGAAGAUAAUAAUAGCUUCCAUUCAAGAAGAUGAUUCAGUUCUAACGACGGGUUUCGUUUUGAUGCCUCCGGGGUGGCAUACCAGAACCCUGAUACCUUUUUUGCUAGCUUACUGGCGUUCGCAUUAUACCGUAAUCCACAUUUACGAUUGGGCGUAUGUGGUGUUGUUGUAAAACUAAGAUAGAAUCUUGAAUGAAGCUCUCCGUGAGAUCAACUUAUUCAAUUCUGAUGACUAUCCUGUGUUCAGUGUUUCUGAGAGAGUGCGCGCUGUUAGUGCUAUUACCAGUGGAUGAAGAGUUUGACCGCACUAGACAGCGUAAAUAUCACACCCGGCCAAGUCAUGAUUAUUGAUAGCGCGGAAUCGCAGGAAAUAUGCACCCAGAACCCAAAAAAACCCCUUUCUACGUCCAGAAAAC